AUAGUCUGAUCAUGCGGCUGACAUUAGAUGACCGGUAGUACCGGUCGUUUUAGGGUUUAGCGUUAGACAGUGCGAGGAAGACGCUCAAAGAGAGAGAGAUCCAAAUGCUCUAACAUGAAUCCCAACGAGACCGCACAGAAGCUUCUUCCCCUUCAGGCUAGAAUUGUGGGGAGACAUGGAGUCAGAGACUAUGCUCUGUACCACAGAUCAAUGUGUUGAACAAGAGCCACAGUACACACAUAUUGACCGGAAUGAAUUCUCACAGAGAAGGCACAAGAAGCAGGAGGAGGAGGAGAUUCUCAUAUGUGAAUGCAAGUGUGAUGAAAAGGAUCUUGAAAGUGCAUGUGGAGAACGGUGCUUGAAUGUGUUGACCAGCACGCAAUGCACUCCUGGAUAUUGCCCUUGUGGUGUCUAUUGUAAGAAUCAGAAUUCAGACAUGGUUAAGGAAGAAAGGCCACAAAUUACAAGGAGAGCAACCAGAUCCUCCGCUUUGGCUAAAAGUGUAGUUGAAGAAACAGAUACAAGCAGUCAGCACCCAAAUGAUGCUUCUGCGAGUUCAGACAUUAUUAAAGAAGAAAGCCCACAAAUUUCAAGGAGAACAACCCGAUCCUCCGUUUUGGCCAAAUGUUCAAACAAUGUAGUUGAAGAAACAGAUGCAAAUAGUCAGCAGCAACCGACUUUAGAUGACCUUGUGAUUGGAGAAGGAGAGUCCUUUAGCUUCGAUGAUCUGGUGUCUAGUUUUCCUGGUAAAGAAAGUCAGAUCAAAGAGCUUGUGCACCUUUUGGGUCCACAGAACUCUCCCAUGCUUCCUAUAUUUAUAUAUGGAGGCUCUUCCACUGGAAAAACCAGUAUUGUUCUACAAACAUUUAGGCAUCUUAAACGACCUUUUGUUUACUCAAGCUGCCUUACCUGUUAUAAUCCUCGAAUCAUGUUUGAAUCCAUAUUAAAUCAAUUGUUCCUUCACCGAAAGAAAGCAGAAAAUGGUUAUUCUAGUGCAAAGCGCUGUGAAAGGCCAUCUGAUUUUGUGAAUUUUCUUCGCGAAGCCUUGGUUAGCAUUAUUGGUAAUCCUCAGGGACAAAAGUCAGGAUUGAGUAGCAAAAGGUCAGGAAAGGCUAAUGGAAAUAUGAUCUACUUGAUUUUUGACAAUUUGGAGCGUGUCAAAGGGUGGGACAAAGGUUCUACUGUGUUAUCUUUGUUGUUUAAUCUCUAUGACACUCUGAAAAUGCCCGAGGUCGGUCUUAUCUUCAUCAGCAAUACCUCACCGGAUACAUACGACUCAAAUAUGGGUUAUGUUGAGCCUAACCCUCUAUAUCUUCCUGAUUAUACAGAUGAUGAUCUUGGUCAAAUCUUAAUGAGACACCAAGCAAACAAAAAGCUUUACACCUCUUUUCUCAGUGUUGUACUAAGGCCUUUCAGUAGAAUUACCAGACGAGUGGAUGAAUUGUCUAGUGCAUUUUCACUAUUAUUCAGAAAAUAUUGUGAACCUAUUACUGAUCUUGGGGUUUUUCCCAAUGAAGAGAUGAAGAGAAAGUUGUUUAGUCAAUUUCAGCCCCAUAUUGCUCCUGCACUGAAUGAGAUAUUUAAGGUUUCAACUCAGCCUUCCACUGAAGUUGAAGCUAGGGAGAGAAAGCCAAAGGUUAGCACAAGGAAAUCCAGAGGUUAUGAAGUUGCUGACCAGUUAGAUUUUCACAUGUCUACCUCUGCCAAGUAUCUUCUAAUUUCAGCAUUCCUUGCUUCAAGAAAUCCAGCUACCCUUGAUGCAUCAUUGUUCGAUUCUACUGGAGGUUCUAAUAAUCGAAAACGAAAGAGGAAGGUCUCUGAGAAGUCAAUGGAACAGAAGGAAACUGCAGAACAGGAAUUACUCAUAAAGGGCCCCGGAACAUUCCCAAUGGAGAGGUUACUAGCCAUAUUCCAGUGUAUUACAUCUGUGGCGGAAGAUCCACUUGAUGAUGAGGAACAAGCGCAGGAUGGGUUAGGGAUUCAAGAUGGGCAUUGUGGGCUCAUGUCUGAUGUCCUCUUACAAUUGACUAGUCUCUGUGGUGCAAAUUUUAUUGUCAAAGGAGGAAGCUGCCCACUCGAGGGCUCAACUCGCUAUCGUUCUACAGUUAGUGAAGAUAUGGCCCUGCAGGUAGCAAGGAGCAUUAAGUUUCCUCUCUCAAAGUACUUGUACAGAAGAUGAUUGCAUAAGGGCAAUGGUAUCUGCAACAUUGUCGUCAACUUACUUUCAAGGAUGAAAUAGAAGGGUCAGAUUGUGGAAAGCCUUGAAUGAGCUUAAUCAUAUGAUUCAGCACCAAAUUACUCUAUUUUACUGGAGCUCAGGGAGUCAGGGCUGAGAAGAGAAGGGACUGUUUUUGACCACAGAACUAUUAAAUAUGUUCUUGCAAUUAGAAACCAGAGUAUGAAAUGGGAGGAAAAUAUCAGUCAAUUAUUUUUCUCAUGCAAUGUGCUCAAUGUGAAGAUGAGAAAAAACUAAAAUAAGAUUUAGUUUAAUUCCUUCAGCACAAAACUGUUGGUGUAUAAAUUUUGGAUAUAGGCAUGCGUGGUCAAAAGUUUCCUUGAUUUCUUAUUACAAA